AAAGAUCGAAAGUGAACACGAGUUUCUAUCGAAGCGAAAUCUAAGCUCAAAAUGUUAAAACCAUGUGUGAAUUAUUUCGACAAACUCAUCGCUAAAAGAACAGCUCAUACUCGGCCACAAUAAAAUUGCAAAUUUGUUUGUCAAAGGUCAGUAGAGUCUUUAUGUCGCUUAAAAUAUGGGCUGACGAACGGAAUGUGUUGAAGGCAUCUUCAAUCAAAUUAGCGACAAGGCAAGGAUAAACCGGUUUUUCUUGAAUACAAAAUUGAUUAGAAACACAUUAAUCACACAUAAACAUUUCUUUAACAGACUCUAAAUUUAAGUCAAAGACACUAUUUCCUUGGUGUCAAUUUACAAGCGCUCUCUAUUUCAAACGCUAUGUGCUGUUUAAGCUUACAGAAAGUGGUACGGCUCCCAUGCAAAAAGCCAAACGUGAUAGCAGUGAUCUUGUUUGUUCAAACUUGAUCUUAACAAAUAUAUCCAGUUGAUUACGCUUCGCAGAAACUAUCUUUAGCUGGAACAAGAGAAAAAAAUGCUCGGUUCAAAAAUAGCCAGAAAUUUAUAUGGAAAAUUUCUCACUUUGUUAGCAUUACGUUGUUUUUUUUUUCUUUUAUUUUACCACAUUUUACUAAAUUGUUCUCAAGCCAAACGUUUUUAAUUUGUUUUAAUUGUUAUUGGCCUAAGUGUUACGUACAGCAAAUAGGAAUUUAAAAGGAAAAAAUUAUGUGCAGUCGUCGAGAUAUUAGUAACGGAGCUCAUAAAACAAAUACCAAGCCUAUAAGCCGAGUCGAGUCGCGUCGUUCCGAGUCGUAUAUGGCAAUGAGUCGCUUCGGUUCGGUUCUGUGUGUUUGUGUCGAUGUUCAUUAACAGUUUCGAUGAUAUCGUUUGUCGUUGCUUCGGUUUUGUUAUUCUUCUUUCAUUGAUGCGUUACAUGAGUUAUAACGAAAAACAUUUGUUCUAUUAUAGUUCAGUUAAUCGUUAUGUUUCCGAGACAAAAGACGUAAAAUGUUCUAUGCGCUGCACGCGUAACCAAACGCAUUGAGAAAAAAAAACAAAGACCAUUUUAAAUAAUAAAACCAUAAAUAUAAAAAAAAAACCGUCGAUGAUUGAGAGAGAGAGAGAGAGAGAGAGAGAGAGAGACAAAAAAAUUGUUCUGUGAUUUUUGUGACAAAUUUUUUAAUGAAUAUUACUUUUGUUCAAAUUGUUUGUUUUUUUGUGCAUUUUCAAAAAUUGACCGGUUAAAAAAGCCGUUCACCUUUGAAUGUGACAAUAAACUAUUCACGUUGAGUAUAUUGAGUGUGAUUUAUGUCGUGACAUAUAUAAAAAUUUGAUUGUAAACGUAACAUACGCAGAAAGAAGCGAGUAAAUAUUGAGUGCAGUGCACAUCAGAGCAAAUAUUGUUGAGUUGAAAGUUUUUCAUUUAUUUUUCAACUUUUUAUUGAUUUUGUGCUCGAAUCGAGCCUACUGUUUCAAUCGAUUGUGCGAACCACUUGAAUGGCAAUGCAAACAGAUCGGAAGCGAUAACAAUAGUAGCAGCGGAGAGUCGAAAGUGUUGGUUUGUGCAUUUGCCAGAGAACACAGAAAGAGGGAAACACACACACACAGAGAGAGAGAGAGAGAGAGAGAGAGACGUUGAGUAAACGAGACGAAAAAAUAAAUCAAAUAGUAAACAAUGCGCGAUUACUGGUACCCAUUUCGACACAAUAAGAGAGUCGAUACAACUUUUAUCUCAGCAAAGAUGGAGCGAUUUGGAUUCAAUGAGGCGCAUCUUUUUACAUCAGCAACACCACAUGAUGAUGAUCCGGAUGAAUUGAACAGAUUUGGUCGUCCGUUGUUGAAUUUCGCAGCUGCUGCCACUAUUCUCAUAAUGAUUGUUGGUAUUUGUGGAAAUUUAUUAACCGUGAUAGCAUUACUAAAGUGUCCAAAAGUUCGAAAUGUAGCAGCCGCAUUUAUUAUUAGUUUAUGCAUAGCUGACUGUUUGUUUUGUGUGAUUGUCCUGCCAUUUAGCGCGUAUCGUUUCAUUCGAGGCACAUGGCUACCCGACGGACCAUUGUGCCAAAUAAUACCGUUCUUACAGUAUGGAAAUGUCGGGGUUUCGCUACUUUGCAUCGCAAUGAUUACAAUAAAUAGGUACAUUAUGAUCACACACCAUAGUUCCUAUGCGCGCAUCUAUAAAACUCAAUGGAUUACCGUUAUGAUUGUGUUUAGCUGGGUGUUUGCUUACGGAAUGCAACUUCCGACACUGUUCGGCGUUUGGGGUGUGUUCAAACGCGACGACAAUCUUGGCACAUGUUCAAUUAUGCAAGACAAGAAUGGACACAGCAGUAAAACGACGUUAUUUGUGACGGCUUUUGUAUUUCCAUGCAUUAUUAUCAUUGGAUGCUAUACGCGAAUAUUCUGGGUCGUUCAUAAGUCUGAACAACGGAUGAGACAGCAUGCGAGCAAACAGAAUGCGAUUCCAAACAAUUUACGCGUAAUCCAAUCGUCAAAACCAAUUGCCACCAAAGACACAAAUAAACGUAGAUCAAAUACAGAAGUGGCUCAAGCGUCGACUGUUCCAAUACCAGCCAUAUCGACAGGUACCUCAAAUCAACCGGCAACUGAACCGAAUGCCAUUUGUAGUGAAAAUGUCAGUGUCAAUAGUCGAAGUGAUUCAGGAGUAACGAUGACCGUCCAACCGAAUAAAAUACCAAGCGGCAAAUUUACAAAUCCAAAACCAAGCCGGGUUAAAGACGCACGCGAUGCCAAGGCAAAACGCAACGAAUGGCGUAUAACCAAAAUGGUACUGGCGAUAUUUUUAUCGUUUGUAAUGUGCUAUUUGCCAAUCACUGUGGCCAAAAUUGCUGAUAAAGAUGUUUCAUAUCCCACGCUCCAUAUAAUCGGCUACAUUCUACUGUAUCUAUCGUCGUGCAUCAAUCCAAUCAUCUACGUAAUAAUGAACAAACAAUAUAGACAAGCAUAUAAAACCGUUAUUCUGUGCAAACCAGGCCGAUUGCUGGCAUUCACUCAAGCUGGCAGUUCAGUGGGUGAGAAAUGGAAAGAUGCCGCAUUCAGCUACAACCACAGAUCUGUUACCAUGGUAUCACAGGUUUCCCUACCCGAGGAGCUGCAGUCGUCUUGUCCGAAUCAUCAACAGCAUCGCCGAGAUUCACCCCAUCCAAGACGCUUGCCGGACAUUCGCGGUAGCACAGAUCCAUAAUGAUAUCAUAAAAAGUCUCGAAAUAGUAUCAAACAAAUGACAUAUCAUUAGCCAAAACGACCGAAUUAACUUACGACCGUAACCACUAUUUCGUUCAAGGAAAAAGAAGAAGAAACAAAACUACUCGAAGAGAAACCAAAUAUGUGCCAAAAAUAAUUAUUUUUAAUUCAAAAAACAAUAGCUAUAGUAAUAUAGUGUAUAUCAUAAUUAUGUAUGUAUCUAGUACAUAGUAUAUUGUAUUUAUUAAAUAAACGAAUGUUUCAUAUUUUCAUUUUAAUUUGAAAUUACAAUAA